AUGGGGCUCGUCGAUGGGGCCCUGGAGCACGCCUCCCUCAGGUCCGUCUCGGCCAUCCUCUUUGUCGGCCUCCUCCUCUGGACCGCCGCCUGCCGGCUCGACGAGCACCGGCGCAUCAAACGGCUGGGAAACUACGGCGUGACGCUCACGUCCUAUCUGCCAUGGGGCCUCGACUUCCUGGCCCGCGGCGUCCGCGCGACGAUGCGUCAGGAGAACCUCGAGCUCUGGCGUGAGGUCUUUUUCGCCAAGGCCGGCAUCUGGACGAGCGAGUCCCGCGUCGUCGGCCAGCGCAUCGUCUUCACCGCCGAUCCCGAAAACAUCAAGGCCAUGCUCGCCACCCAAUUCGCAGACUUCGGCAAGGGCGAGCCCUUCCACCGCGAGUGGCAAGAGUUUCUCGGCGACAGCAUCUUCACCACCGACGGCGCCCAGUGGCACGACAGUCGCCAGAUCCUACGGCCCCAGUUCACGAGGGACCGCGUCUCCGACCUCGAGUGCUUCGAGUCGCACAUCGGCACCCUCUUUCGCGCCAUCGCCAACGGCGGGCCCCUCGAGGGUGAGGACCAGGUCGUCGACAUGAACAAGGCCGACGGCGCCGUCAUCGAGAUUUCCGACCUCUUCUACCGCUACACCCUCGACGUCGCCACCGACUUCCUCCUCGGCACCGACGUCAAAUCCCUGACCAACCCCAAGCAGGAGUUUGCCGACGCCUUCAACGAGGUCCAGCGCGUGCAAAACAUCAUCACCCGCACCAACAAGCUGCACUGGCUCGUUCCCAAGUUCACCUUCCGCGCCGGCCUGCGCACCAUCAACCGCUUCGUCCACACCUUCAUCGACCGAACCCUCCGCCUGCCCCCUGACGAACUCGCGAGGUCGGACAAGAGCUACGCCUUUCUUCACGAGCUAGCCCGCUUCACCCGCGACCCCAACGUCAUCCGCGACCAGGUCAUCGCCAUCCUGCUCGCCGGACGCGACACCACCGCCGGCACCCUCUCUUGGGCCCUCUACGAGCUCGGCCGCAACCCCGUCAUCCUCGCCAAGUUGCGCAACGAGAUACUCGAUACCGUCGGUCCCAGCACCCCGCCGACGUACGACCACCUUAAGAACAUGCCCUACCUCAAGGCCACCCUCAACGAGAUCCUGAGACUCUACCCGGCCGUGCCCUUCAACGUCCGUCUCGCCCUGAAGGACACGACUCUUCCCCGCGGCGGCGGCGAGGACGGCUCGGAGCCCAUCGCUGUCCUCAAGGACACACCCGUCGGCUACUCGACUCUUGUCAUGCAGCGCCGCGCCGACCUCUACCCCCCGGUCUCCGAAUCCUUUGCCCACCCGGACCUUUUCAGCCCCGAGCGCUGGGCACACUGGCACCCGAAGCCGCACGAGUGGAUUCCCUUCAAUGCCGGCCCGCGCAUCUGUAUCGGCCAGCAGUUUGCCCUGACCGAGAUGAGCUAUGUGCUUGUCCGCCUCUUCCAACGCUUCGCCCGCGUCGAGAGCCACAUGUUCCCCAUCGACCACGGCACGCCCCUGCUCAAAUCAGACAUUGUGCUCUCACCGGGCCAGGGCGUCUACGUUGCGCUGUUCGAGCCCAAGGCCUAG